GUAUGUAGGGUGAUACACGAUUCUUGCUUACACUGUGGCCGACGGGAGCAGCCCUUCCGUGAACCACCCACCCCAUCAGGGCAUCUGUCUGCGACGGAGACUUUCUGCCUCAGGACGUUCUAUUUCAGGUCCAGAAGAUUCUCGCCGCAAGGAAGAGAGGCAGCAGUGACAUAGAUGUGGAAGGGGACAGGGGCCCUUUUCCCUUCGCGUCUAGUCCGCUCCACACCCCCACCGGCCUCCCUGGCCGCUACGGGGUGAAGCAGCUGUAGGACCAGGAAAAGCAAGAAGAAACCGCCCUCCGCUUCUCUUCCCGGGAGUCCGGGCCGUGAGCCUGGCCCUCGGGGCGCGUUUCUCUGUGACUCUGGCCGCUCGCUCUUUUGCCAUCUCAGCGAAGUCUUGAACCCAUGUCCUAGAACCUUUUAUCGGCCUUUUGGAAGCAGCUCGUAUGGGACAUAGAAGGAGAGUCAAGUUUCUGAACUGAGGAAUAUAGAAAAAUCAGCCGUGCUUCUUCCUGCCGCUGUUUACCAGAGGGAAGUCAGCGGGGCCCCAAGAGGUCGCUGGUGGCGCAGGAACGGCGGCCGGAUUGUAGAGAAAAGAGAGGGGGGAAAACACCCAGAAACUUUCUUCCUUGUUGUGAAUAAUCGCCGCCCCCCCGCCCCCCAGCAGAAGCAGUAACGUGACACCCGAGCGAAGCCGGGAGACCGAGCGGAGAGGGGGGGGGACGGGGAGGAGAGAGGGCUGCGGAGCGCCGAGGGAGAGGGGAGGAGGAGGAGGAAAGCCCCUGUCAGGGAGGUGGAGCGAGGGGAUGGUGUCCGCCCCCCGUUCCUCCCUGCCGUUUUUUAGAGGAGCCUGAACCGGGACAAAACACGCCGAGACCGACAGACACAAAGCCGGGGGGUCCACGCUGGCGCUGGAGGCGAGCCCCGUCGGCCGCGAGCGAGCCCGAGGCGCGGCGGGGCGCGGGGCGCGGGGGCGCUAGCGGGCGCGGGACGGGCGCGGAGCCCCGGCGCGGGCAGCGCCCCCGAACCGGGGCCGGGCAUCUCGGCCGCUCGGGCCGCGGCGGCGGGGACCAUGCCGAGGAAAGUCUCCUGAGCCCGGCAACUCCGGCCCCUCCCCGCCCCCACGCGGCGGCCCUUCGCGCGGCCCUCUCCAUGUGCAGCCGGCCGGCCAGGCUCUCCUCCUCGCGGCGGAUGGGUGACCUUUUCCUGGCGCGGGCAGGCUGUGCGAGGCGGCGGAGCCGGCGAUGAAGAAGAAGCAGCAGCAUCCCGGCGGCGGCGCGGAUCCCUGGCCCCAUGGGAACCCUCUGGGGGGCGCCCCUCCAGGCCCGGGCAGCUGGAAGCGCCGGGUCCCCCUGCUGCCUUUCCUGAGCUUCUCCCUCCGGGACUACGGUUUCUGCAUGGCCACCCUGCUGGUCUUCUGUCUGGGCUCCCUCUUCUAUCAGCUCAGCGGGGGACCCCCUCGCUUCCUGCUCGACCUGCGGCAGUAUUUGGGAAACUCCACUUACUUGGAUGACCAUGGACCACCUCCUAGUAAGGUACUACCUUUCCCAAGCCAGGUGGUGUAUAACAGAGUAGGCAAAUGCGGGAGCCGUACUGUGGUCUUGCUUCUGAGAAUCUUGUCAGAGAAGCACGGAUUUAAUUUGGUCACAUCAGACAUUCACAACAAAACCAGGCUCACUAAAAACGAACAAAUGGAACUGAUUAAAAAUAUAAGUACUGCCGAACAACCCUAUUUAUUCACCCGACAUGUUCAUUUCCUCAACUUUUCAAGGUUUGGAGGAGACCAGCCUGUCUACAUCAACAUCAUUAGAGACCCCGUCAACCGGUUUUUAUCUAACUAUUUUUUCCGUCGCUUUGGAGACUGGAGAGGGGAACAGAAUCACAUGAUCCGCACCCCCAGCAUGCGGCAGGAGGAGCGCUACCUGGAUAUCAACGAGUGUAUUCUCGAAAACUACCCCGAGUGUUCCAACCCCAGAUUAUUUUACAUCAUUCCGUAUUUUUGUGGACAGCAUCCCAGAUGCAGGGAGCCUGGUGAGUGGGCCCUUGAACGAGCAAAGCUGAACGUGAAUGAAAACUUCCUGCUCGUGGGGAUUCUCGAAGAGUUGGAAGAUGUGCUGCUUUUACUGGAAAGAUUUUUACCUCAUUACUUCAAGGGCGUGCUCAGUAUCUACAAAGACCCAGAGCACAGGAAACUUGGAAACAUGACUGUGACGGUGAAGAAGACUGUCCCCUCUCCCGAGGCCGUGCAGAUCCUCUACCAGCGGAUGAGAUACGAGUACGAGUUCUACCACUACGUCAAAGAGCAGUUCCACCUGCUGAAGCGCAAGUUUGGACUCAAGUCUCGCGUCAGCAAGCCCCCCCUGAGGCCGCACUUCUUUAUCCCAACCCCACUGGAAACCGAGGAGCCCAUCGACGAUGAGGAACAAGAUGAUGAAAAGUGGCUGGAAGAUAUUUAUAAGAGAAACCAACAGGUCUCUCUAGAAUUUUUUCUUCCUGCACUAAAAUUGGACAUAAGCCAAGAUAUAAAGCGAGUCAUUAAGAACCUGCCGGGUGUGUGCUAAAGCUACUUUAUCAUGAGACGUAUUAAGAAGGCUCCAGCCCACGGGAGUCCAGUGAAGCCGGGGACCCCAGAGGCAGAGUCCACCGCUUGGCCACGUGGGGGCCUCCUUUCUGCCUCGGGGGACUAUGGCAGGGAAAUGAUUAAGGGCUACGUUCUUAGAGGAGGAAAUAUCCUUUGUCCUGUCCAGAGAGACCAGGGCUCCCAUUAGGCACACUUUCAAAAGCAACCCGGAGAACAGAUAUCAUAUUUGAAACAAGUACCAAAACUGCUGCCUGCUACAUUGUGAGUCAUUUCUAUGAAAUCUCAUAUGGAGAAUGAUGAUUAGUUUACACACUGUGCAAGCUCACAAUCUGAAAAUAAAGUUGAGCUGGCUCUGUUUUCUCUGCUGUCAUCAGAAAAUCAGGAGAAUUGGAAAGAUUUGUCCUCUUACUGCAAGUUCACAUGGGCCCUUCUACCCAUGUGUUCAAAGGCGUUUAUUUUCAGCAGCGAUCAUUAUAACCUCCCAACAAAAGAUGCUGACGGACUUACUUGUGGGGGCCUUAGUGUUAUUUUGUCCCAACAGACAGCCUCUAGGUCCUGAAAGUCAAGGCACUUCAUCAGUUUAUUUGGCAUACAUGACAACGUUUUUUUGGCUCUGGGCCCAACACAGUUUGUAAUUCAUGAAAUAUAUUGUACAUUUUACAUAGUUUAAUUUAAAAAAUACCUUUUAAGCUAGUUGAUCUUUGACUGCCUUAUUUAUUAUAACCUUUCAGCACAUUCCAAGAUUUUAGUUACUCAGGAAGGAGUUAAUUAAAAUGAUUUUAUUUUGGUCUGAUGGAUGUUUUUUAAAAGGAAAAUUAUUAUUAUGAACCUUCAGCCCACUUUCCUUGAGUGCCGUAAAAGUGCUUGUAAAUCUUUUUUUUUUUUUAAAGAAGAGAGAAAAAAUGAUGUUUGACAUUGAUGGAAAUUCAAAAAUAUAUAUGGAACUGAAACAUUAGCUUAGCUAAAAUAAAAGCAAUCUGUGUUUGA